GCUCCCGCCCCCUCAAUGUUUUUCUUGACGCUGAACUAACUUUGGAAAGCCCGUUUGCGUCAUCAAGAACGUUAAAUGCUUUUGCCAGGCUGCUUGUUUCAUUAGAGGGACAAGACGAGCACAUGACAGCAUCUCACACCCACAGAGGCAGGGAACUAGAACGACUCAGAGUACUGCACUUAAGACAAGACGCAAGGACAACAUGAUGUACCAGCUAACAUUUGAUCAGGAAAACCAGAAGCGGAUCCAUGCUGUUGAGACUUCAUUUGGGCCAGCAGGGAAGGCCCUCUCCCAGCCGGGUCGGGUUCUGAUUGGACAGGGCCAGUUGAUGAAGCAGAGCCGUCGGGGGCCCCAGCCUAAAGUCUUCUUCCUCUUCAAUGAUGUGCUUGUGUAUGGCAGCAUCAUCCUGAAGGGACACUGGCACAAAAACCAGCAGAUCAUCCUUCUAGAGGACAUUCAGCUGGAAGACUUGGAAGAUGGUGUGAAAAUGAAGAACCAAUGGUUGAUCCGUACACCACGCAAGUCAUUCUUCGUGGCAGCUGCCUCAUACGAGGAGAAGCGAUCCUGGAUAGAGCAUAUGGAGGACUGUCGGUUCAGACUGCUGCAGAGUGGGAACCGCAGACCUGGUUCUACUUUCGCUGUCACCUGGAUCCCCGACCAAGCUGCUACCAUCUGCAUGCGCUGUUACAACAAGUUCACUGUGACCCAACGUAGACACCACUGCAGAAAAUGUGGCUUUGUGGUCUGCAGCUCAUGCUCCAAGAAACGAGCAGUAGUUAGACAUAUUCACACAACUAAGCGGUUGAGGGUCUGCUGCAUGUGUCACUUGAGUCUUCUGAGCAUUGGGGAGACAGGCUUGGAUGAAGAUGGGGUAGAAGGGUCCAGUGAAGAAGAGGAGGCAGAGGAGCAAGUGGAAGACCAUGACACAAACAAGUGGAUGGACUCCCAGAUGGACCCCUGGUCAAUCUAUAUCUACCUCAAACCAGAGCAUGUGAGGCCCUCAAGCAUACAGCACUCAGACAUGGGCUAAUAAUGGGCUAUUUUAUUAUUAUUAUUAUUAUUAUUAUUAUUAUUAUUAUUAUUGCUUUUGUUCAUAUACUGCAUUUAUUGAUGUAAAAAGUUUGUAACCACUGCUGUUUUCACAUUUUGCUUUGUGUGGAACCAUGACUGUUAAUAUUUUCUAUGAUUAUGCUUCCUGUUCCCUGUCAGAGGCAGGCCUCAGUCUGCCUUGCUGUUUAUUUAUGCUUGCUUUUAUUUAAAUGUAUAUGUGUCAUUGUUUAUAUGAGCAAUAAAGCACUUACAA